CCACAUGAUCGCAUCAGUGCGGUAGCUCUGAUUCUUAUCAAGUCGUUGCACUUGCACCAACAUUACGAGUUGGAGGCCAGGACCAUGGGAGCCAUGAUCAUUGGAGAGAAGAAGAGGAGGAUCAAGAAGAUGAUUGAACUAGGAUCAAAUCUUUGUCUCCGAUCAAUUUUAAGCGAGCAAGCUCAUCUUAUCAUUAGUGUUCCGAGCCGGAAGCAUUGCAUGCGAGAGCCUUUGGCGAGGUGA